AUGCUGCGGGCAGUGCUGGUUCGUGCGCCGACGCUGCUGAGCCCCGCGCGGACUCGCUACCACGGCCUGAGGCAGCUAUGGGCGCGCGGAACUCGCCUGGAGGCCUCAGGGAAGCGACAGGCCUGGGCCUGGGCCUCCCGGCGCUUGAGCUCCGAGCCGGGGCAGGGGCCUGAGACCGCGCUGGGGCCUGUGGAGGCCUCACACUACCACUUGGUCUACACCUGCAAGGUCUGCAAGACCCGGUCCUCCAAGCGCAUCUCCAAGCUGGCCUACCACCGGGGCGUGGUCAUCGUCACUUGUCCUGGCUGCCAAAACCACCACAUCAUCGCGGACAAUCUGGGCUGGUUUUCUGACCUGGACGGGAAGAGGAAUGUCGAAGAAAUCCUGGCUGCCCGCGGGGAGCCUGUGCGCCGUGUGGCUAGCGAGGGGACCGUGGAGUUGGUCUUGGAGGCUGCGGCGCUGCAGGCCCCUGUUGCCCUGGAAGGGAGCGAGGACGAGGAUUGCCGCUGCCACUUUGGGAGCCUGUCCCCUCCUGUGGGGCACCAGGGCCACAAGCUGGCCAUCUCUGUGGUCUUCGAGAUGCAGGGGACAGUUUGGAAACAGGCUGAGAGCACUGGGCUGGCUGAGCCUUCCCCAGCCCCCACCUCCAGCAUCAUUGCACCCACCCAGGCCGCACCUGCCUUCCUGCAUCCACCUCUGAUUCCCAGUAGCCAGGAGAGGCAGUGCCCAGUCCCAGCCCUCUGUUCCAGCGCUCGCUCACCCUCCCUGCCCUUGCAUGUGGUCUGCCUGGCACGCUGGGGCCUCCUGGCCACUCCAGCCAGCUCCUGUGCCCACAUGUCCCCGAUGUGGCAACCUUCUGGCCAGGUACAGGGUGGAGGGGAGCAGGGGCCCAACACAGUGGCCUUGGUCACCCUCUGA